GAGAUGCAACCGCGCGUUCUCCGCUCCCGCCCCGCUGACCCCGCCACCCUGGCACGGUUUUCUAUUCGCCCGGGUCGCGGGUGGGAGGCGAGGAACGGCGGGGUUCAGGAGCCUGGCUCCCCGCCAAGGCUGUGGCCUUCGGCCCAGGGGCCACCAGGCGGCCGCGCCUGCGAGGCGGGCGGGGAGGACGCCAGCCCCGGCGCAGCUCGGCCAUGGGCUCCCGCAGCUCCCACGCCGCCAGGAUCCCCGACGUGGACAGCAUCCGGCGGGAGACCGGCUUCUCGCAGGCCAGUCUGCUCCGCCUCUACCACCGGUUCCGAGCGCUUGACUGGAAUGAGAAGGGCUACCUCAGCCGCGUGGAUCUACAGCAGAUCGGGGCGCUGGCCGUGAACCCCCUGGGAGACCGCAUUAUAGACAGCUUCUUCCCUGACGGGAGUCUGCACCUGGACUUCCCAGGCUUUGUCAGAGUCCUGGCUCGCUUUCGACCUGUAGAUGAUGAGGACAACGGAAACCGGGACCCCAACGAACCCGAGCCCCUCAACAGCAGAAUGAACAAACUUCGCUUUGCAUUCCAGCUCUACGACCUGGAUCGAGAUGGAAAGAUCUCCAGGCAAGAGAUGCUGCAGGUACUCCGGCUGAUGGUUGGGGUACAGGUGACAGAAGAGCAGCUGGAGAGCAUUGCCGACCGCACAGUGCAGGAAGCCGACGAAGAUGGGGAUGGCGCUGUGUCCUUCCUGGAGUUCGCCAAGUCCUUAGAGAAGAUGAACAUCGAGCAGAAAAUGAGCAUCCGGAUCCUGAAAUGACCCCCUUUGUGCCUUUGGGUAGCUUACAU